AACGUGGUGACGCAGUGCGAACCCCCCGAUUUUCUUUUUUAUCAGAUAAACCCUCACCUCAGCCAAGACAAUUCCAUCAAUCAUCCAUCUAUCUUUCUUCACUUCUUUUGUCUUCGCUUGACGUUUGGUCUCUCUGGUUCGCAGACACACACGCUCGACUCGCUCGCUUACCUCUCAGCUGGCGUGUCAGCGCGAUGAUCACUCCUGCUGCUCCCACCUUUGGAGCUACUGCUUCUUCUUCUCCGUCUUCAUCUACACGGACAGUCGUUGUCCUCGGAGCUUCAUACGGAGGUGCUAGAGCAGCUAGAGUCUUGGCUCAAAAUCUGCCGGAGGGUUGGAGACUGGUGGUCAUCGAUAGAAACUCUCAUUUCAAUCACGUUUACGUCUUUCCGAGAUAUACUAUCCUGGCUAAACACGCCGCCAAGGGAUUCAUACCAUACACCAAUCUUCUCGAUGUCCCACCAGCCACACCGACCUCGGCGAAGGCCAAAGAUAUUUGCGGUUCACCAUCCAGACCCUUGACUCCACCCAUGUCACCUCAAUCUGCCCUCGCAUCCCUUUCUUCCACUGCCAUCCCGUCCUCAGCCUCGUCAUCCUCGUCUUCCUCCGACUCUGAAGGAUACGGCCACUCUUUUAUACAAGGAUCGAUUACGUCUCUGACCACUCGGUCUGUGUCCUUCGUUCGACCAAAUGCGUCUACACGCAGAGGCUCUAGCGAAUCCAUUGCGUCAAUACGGUCCAAUCUCACUUAUGGUUGCUUUGAUGGACCUGAAGAAACCAUCCAUUUCGACUAUUGCAUCUAUGCGCUGGGUAGUGGGAUGCCAGAUCCAGUCAACGUAUGGAGCGAGUACCCUGUCGCCCCCAGGCACAUUCAAGAACACCCACCGAGUCAUGGACUCGGUACGAAAAAGGGAGGGAUAGCGUGGAUGCAACGUCAGGCCGAGGAGCUCAAAUCUGCCAAUACGGUUCUAAUCGUUGGAGGUGGUGCUCUAGGCAUACAGUAUGCGACCGAUCUGAAAGAUUUGUAUCCGCACAAAAACGUUACUUUGCUUCACUCACGCACACGUCUGAUGCCGAUAUACCCUGUCGAGAUGCACAUCGCCAUUGUAGAGCGUCUGGCCACGCUCGGUGUAAAUGUCGUCCUUGGUGAAAGGGUCAUGACUGCGCCGGAUCACGCCGAACAUUAUGAUGGCAAGGUGAAGCACUUGCUCACGGACAAGGGACGGCAAUUCGACGCGGAUCUCGUGCUCUUCUGCACCGGUCAGAAACCACACUCUCAGAUCCUUGCCGCGCUCUCACCAUCAUCCAUCUCACCCACCACUGGUCGUAUCCGUGUCACACCCCAUCUCCAAGUCUCACCCAGACCUACUCGUCCAGUCACUUCCCGAGCCAACACCCUAGAUCGCCUAAGUAAUAUCACCCUCCGUCCAGUACCACCACCAUCCCCUCCAUCAUCCUCUGGCUCAGCUCGACCGAGUGGAGAAUUUGCGGAUGUGUUCGAAGAGGAGGAACUCGGGCACAUCUUCGCCAUUGGAGACUGUGCGGAGACCUCGGCGAUUCAAGCCGGGCAUACCGCCUAUUGGAUGGGCGAAGUAGCUGCGCGGAACAUCUUGCGAUUGAUACGGCGGGACGAAGGCGGCGAAGAAGAAGAAUUGGAGGUGUAUAAACCUGGCGUACCAGCUAUCAAGGUGACAUUGGGUCUGCACCAUUCCGUGACGUCUAAUCAUGAAGGGGUAUCGACCUCAGACAAAGGUGCCGAGGAUCUGCAGGCGAGACUGAUAUGGCCAAGCGUUGGCGCUGGAGAUCUAGACGAUCACGCAUAGACGUAUAUAUAGCGGUCGUCCUUAGACUGCAGGCAUAUCUACUAGUGUUUCCGCAUGCAACUCUGCACGCUGUUGUGACAUCGAAACUGGAUUGUCCUGUAAAUUGACCAAACAUAUUGGCAUCAUUUACCAGGGAUGUCAACGGC